GAGGAACUCGCAGCCACCCCCCCCGGCCCCACUGCAGGCCUGAAGAUGGUGAAGCUGUUCAUCGGGAACCUGCCGCGGGAGGCGACGGAGCAGGAGAUCCGCUCGCUGUUCGAGCAGUACGGCAAGGUGCUGGAGUGCGACAUCAUCAAGAACUACGGCUUCGUGCACAUCGAGGACAAGACGGCGGCCGAGGACGCCAUCCGCAACCUGCACCACCACAAGCUGCACGGCGUCUGCAUCAACGUGGAGGCCAGCAAGAACAAGAGCAAGGCCUCCACCAAGCUGCACGUGGGCAACAUCAGCCCCACCUGCACCAACCUGGAGCUGCGCGCCAAGUUCGAGGAGUACGGCCCCGUCAUCGAGUGCGACAUCGUCAAGGACUACGCCUUCGUGCACAUGGAGCGGGCGGAGGACGCGGUGGAGGCCAUCCGAGGGCUGGACAACACCGAGUUCCAAGGUAAGAUAAUUGCGGCUGGACGUCGGGUUCCCGUGCCGUGCGCGUCUGACUGUGCUGGGCUUCAAAGCACACCCGUUUCACCUAACGAAUCGGUCCCUAAUGGACGCACGAGCUUCUUCGUAGCGUAGUCAGAAGUAGCUGAUCCCCCUUCCCAGGCCCCACUUUACAUUCAGUCUUUCAGGAUUUGCUUUCUCGCCUCCCCGUGCCACUCUCCAGCCCCUAGCUGGUCUAGGCUCAGGUUCAGCGCGAGCGUAGCCGUAGCACGAGCUUUGCUUCCCUGUUCCCCUGGCGGCGUGCGUGGAGCUGCUGUUCCCCCUCUUGCAGCCUGGGCUGUAGCUUCUUUUGGUUCGGUUUUGGUUUGUUGGGGGUUUUUUUUCUUAUUUUUUUUUUAAGGACGUGCGUGUUUUUUUAAAGAUGGUCAGUCUUACCGUUGUGGUACUUAGUGAUCCCAACUGCGCUGCGCCGAGCCCGGCGUCACGCCUGGAGCCCAACCUGCGGCUCUGCCUCGGCCUUGAGCUCCCACCCCUCCCUCCCUCCCUCCCUCCGACCGCUCUUUCCAGUCAAAUAAACUCUUUCAACGAACCUCUUAACGAACCCAGGCCUGUGUCUCCUGCGCGGGCGCUUCCCCUUCCCCUGCACUCACCACCGUCAUGCUGCAAACGAAGGGACCGCCGAGGCAGCAGCUCCGCCUUACAGCCCCACUCUAACACCGCCCUCAUCCUGAUGCCAGGCUAAUUAAUGGGGCUGGCUCGUUAAGGACCCUACAGACCCCCCCGCCUUUCCCCUUGGCCUUGCCGGCCCAUUACUCAAUGCAAUUAAAUGCUUUUUGGGGCCGAGGUCUGGGCUCACCGCCUUUUACAUCCUGACCCUGUGGCCCCGUGCUCCUGUUGUUCUGGGGAAGCCCCUCAUCCCCCAGCCCGAAUUCUGGGGGUCGUGGCAUUGCCCAGCAGCUCUCACCUGCUCCCCUGGCUGUCUCCUACAGCUAUAGCUGCCUCUCCUAUGAUCUUCUCACAUCUCCUUUCCAGCACCUCCCUGGGUACAGCGAUGACUUCCUUGGCCUCUUUUCCAGCGCUGCCACUCAGCUCAUUCCUACCAGCAUACCUCUGGCUGUGGCUGCGCUCCUCCUGCUCUACCUCAAAGCUGUUCCUGCUGCUCCUCGGGACCCUCUUGCUGCCACCAGCCUGGAAAACGAGGGGGAGAAUUGUUAGGGUGCUCGUUACCUCCUGUGCUGUGCUGGUUAACAAAUCCUCGCCAAUGAGGCAGGCAGGGGGUGAGGCUCCUGCAACCACUGCGCCCACCCAACAGCAACCUGGGCUGGGCGUACCCCAACCAGCUGUACUGCUGCCCUGUAAGCCUGUAUUUCUACUCCAACUGGCUGCAUGGUUGUCCUGUCA